UUUAUAGUUAAAACGAACCAAGAUGGCAGACGAGAGUAUGCACAUGGUAGAGGUGGUUUCAAAUGACUUUAAAAUUAAAGAAACGAAUAAAAUGGAUUGUACAAUUCUUGAUUACUUUACAAAACUCAGAAAUGAAACUGAAUCUGAUAGGAUAGUUGGUGGAAUUGAACUAUUAAAGUAUUUACUUGAACAAAGUUCGGAACAGAAUGGCAAUAAAGAGUUUAAAUAUGCGAUAAAAAGACUUAUCCGAGGAUUAGGUGCAUCAAAAACAUCUUCUCGGAUAGGAUUCUAUACUACUUUGACAGUAUUUUUAAAAAUGCAUUCUGAAAUAUCGGUAGAAGAGCUUUUGUCUAUAAUUGAUAGCGAACUGCAUCCAGUAAAUAGUAACAAUAAGGGUGAAAAUGCUGAUAUUUACAUGGGACGUAUAUUAGUAUAUGGAGCAUUAAUACGAUCUAAAGUGCUUUGUAAAAGUACUACUGAAAUACAAAUGCAAAUCAUACAGGAUCUUAUAAAUAGAGGAAGACAGCGUAGUUAUUUAUCAUUUCCUGCUACAUCGUUUUUUGUUGAAUUUAUAAAUGAAAUUGACAUUGAUAAUGUUGAAAGAUUGGUUUGGCCAAUUGUUGAAAAAGAAUUUGGUAAACCAUGGAAGGAGCAAACCAUAGAUACAUUUUAUAUUUUAUUAAUAAUAAAGGCCAAAUGUCCCUUACUUGUAAAUUAUAAAUUUUCAAAACAACAUUUUGGUACAGAAGAUAUUAUCACCAAAGAAUCUAUGGGUGAUAUAACGAAAGUGUUACUGGAUUUGCCUAAAGUUGUAUUGUGUCAUCAUCCAGUAUUUAAACUAUUCUGUGAAAAUCUAACAGCUGAGCUUAUUAUUGAUUUUUGGACAUAUAUAGAUCAGAAAUUUACAAAGCCAUCGAGAAUUGACGAAUACUUGGCUGUAAAACUUCUCAAAUUGUUGUUAUCAAGUACUAUGGAUAAGUCAGUACUUCCGUUGUUAUUAUCUCCGAACUAUAUGCAAUAUAUAUUGAAAAAAUUUUCUAAUAGUAAAAGACACGAGAAAGAUGAAAUACUUCUUGCUUUCAAGGAAAUCCUACAAUUGCUAGUAUCAAUUACAAGUAGUAGUGAUACUAAGCCAAAAACACAGUAUGCUGUAUUAAAGAAAUUAUUAUUAUAUCCAGGCGAUUUAAUGAUAGAAAAAAAGACAGGUGUAAAAGUCAUUCAAAUCAUUACAGGAAGUAUGAAUUUAGAAGGUAUUAAAAAAGUGUCAAAACUAUAUAGAGAUAUUAUUGAAAAUACAAUUCCUAAGGAAAAAUCAGAUGUGAAAUCAGAAUCAUUUUGGACUAAUGCAGAGAGAAUUUAUGCUGCACACUUAUUAACAAGAUUCAUGGGACAUUCUGCCACUCUUAUGGAUCAAAAAUGGAGAUUAUCUCAAUUGAAAUUCUUAUUUACUCAUGGAUUAUGUGAAAUGGCAAAUGUCGGAGUAGAUUUAGCUCCACAACUUAAAGAUGCAUUUUAUCAUGCAUUGGAUCACAAGUUACCAAAGUUGAAUGAUCUGCGAAAUAUAUUGAGCGAAUUAGUUCAUUACAUAGAUAUCAAUUUAAAAAAUGAAACUUUGAAAUUAAGAAAUCCAUUAUCAGAUGAAGCAAAAACUGCUUGGGAAAAAGUGAUACACUUAAUUGAAAAGUUAGAGAAUAAUUCGAAAAAGGCAGAGGCUGUACCAGUAUUUCAUACAAUGAAUUUACAUAUGGGUUUACAAUUAUUUUCAGACCCACAAAUGGCAAUAAUGGCUAUCUUUGAACUUCAAAGCUGUUAUGAAAGAUUAUUAAAAAAGUCUAAAAAAUCUAAAGUAAAAAUUGACGGAGACGAUGAAGAUGAGCCUGAAUGGGUUGAAGUAGUAGUUGAUUUAUUGUUGUCUUUUUAUUCUAAAAAUGACCAUUUAUUGCGAUCACUAGUUGGAUGUGUAUUUCCACAUAUUUGUCCAUACGUAACACCGUCAGCUAUACAUCAGAUUUUGGCGGUCCUGGAUGUAAGAAAUGAAAAAGGACCGCUUGUAACGAAAAAUGACCCUGACGAAGAUGAAUCACCAGACACGGGAUCAAAUUUUGAUAGCGAAGAUGACGAAUCUAUUAAUGAUGAUAUGGAAAGUUCGUCGGAUGAUAAUGAGUCCGAUUCGAAUGAGGAAUCAAUGAACGAGGAUGAAGAUGGAACAGUACUUGAUCGAUUACGGAUGGCAGUACAUCAAGCAUUAGGCGAUGCUAUCGUCCAAACUGAAGAUGACAUAGACGUGGACAAGAUUAAUGAAGAGGAUGGAAAAAGACUAGACGAAUCAUUAGCAGCGGCAUUUAGAAUUCUUCGCGAGAAUCGCCAAUCGCGAUCUAAAAAACAAGAAAAAUCGGCGCAAGCUCUAACACACUUUAGAAUUCGAGUUAUCGAUUUAUUGGAAACGUACUUAGAAUGUAGCCCAUCAAUGGCAGUUAUACUCGAUAUGAUACUUCCUCUUUUUGCAUUAUUGGAGUAUUGCAUAAAAGACCAGCAUCAAAAACCUCUUCAAGAUCGAAUUCGAUCAUGCUUAAAAAAACUAACAGCAGUAAAGAAAUUCAAGGAUACAGAUGAUAUCGAUGAAGAUUUAUUAAUAAUGAUAUUAAAGGCUCUAAUAGAAAAGGGGGAACGAACCACAUCAGUUUAUCAAGAGAUGAGUGAUAAAUUGGCAGAAUGUUGCAUAUUUCUUGUAAGAUGUGCACAACAUGCAGAUUUACCAACUGAUUCUAUUGUUAAAAUUUACGUUGAAAGUCUAACUGCCUUCUUCAAAAGAAGAGACUGUGUAUUAUCGCCUAUGUUAUUCAAAAGUAUAUUGCAAUUACAUUGGGAGGGUAACUGGCAAUUGGCUCCCUUACUGGUGGAUUUUGCUUUUGACAAUACUGUCAGAUCUUUUCGUCGAGGACAUGCACUUGACUUUUUGACAGUAUUUUAUAACAAUGGCCGUUUGGUCCGUUUAGAUACAAAACACUCUGACAUAAGAAUGAAGAUGGAAAAGAAGUUAUGUAAAAAUACCAUAAGUACACUUCAAGAAUUAUGUAAUGUACAUAAAGCUGAAAAUGAACAACCUAUUUUAAAAAAUGGCAAUGAAAUAGGUAAAGAAGUCAGGCAAAGGUAUGUUUACCUUCUCUUGUCGUUGUUACGAAAUGUUUAUACUCAGCAUUUACCAAAAGCAUGGAAUUGGGAAGCUAUUGGAAAUGCGCUCGUAACAUACAGAACUCAUGCAUCACUUAAAAAAGAUACGAAAGUAGCAUGUAAUAGGUUAGCAGCCCAAAUUGGAGUUUCAUGUAAUGUAUCUACGAAAAAAGAUAAAAAUAAACAGACUUCGAAGAUUAAUGGAGAAACAAUGGACGUAACAAACUACAUAGAACAGUCUGUCAUUGUACAAGAAAAUGGAAAUGGUCUUAGCGAUACAGAUAGUCCCACAUUAACGAAGGAUGAAUCGAAGAAAAAGAAGAAAAAUAAGAAUAAACAGAAAGAUAAACAGUUACUAAAGAAGGAAGCACGAACUUUACGUGAAAAAGCGAUGUCCGAAGGUUUCGAAUUAUUUAAUUUUAGUUCUUUUAGUUUACCCGGUGAACGUAAUAAAAGUAUACCACUUCAGAAUGGAAACUCACAAAGCGAUCGCUCUAGUCCUAAUUCUCCAAAAAAAAGGGUGCUCAAACAUACAUCGGAUGGUAAUAAGUCGAAAAGAAGAAAAAGCAUGGAAACUGCUUAAUAUAUGUAAUAAACUUAUUAGAAUUAAUUUGGUCGUAAAUUGUUAUUUUUGUACAUGCAUUUAUAAAAUUACCACAAAGUUUGUACAGCUUUGAAAUAUAUAAGUCAUCAACACGA